GAAUUUCACUUUUCAUUUUUCCUCCUCAGUUCUUCACAGCUAUAAAAGCCGUACACUGAAAUCCCAUUAGCAGUGCAAUCACUAUUACUAUUUCAAUCUGUAAAAGCAAAAAGUUGAAAAAAAAGAAGAAAAAGAAAGAAAAGGAAUCAUGUCUUCCCCUAGCAAACGCAGAGAGAUGGACUUGAUGAAACUGAUGAUGAGUGACUACAAAGUGGAGAUGAUCAAUGAUGGAAUGCAAGAAUUCUAUGUGGAGUUUCAUGGACCCAAAGAGAGUCCUUACCAGGAAGGUGUGUGGAAAGUGAGGGUAGAGCUCCCAGAUGCCUAUCCUUACAAGUCACCAUCCAUUGGUUUUGUUAACAAGAUUUACCAUCCAAACGUCGAUGAGAUGUCAGGUUCAGUCUGCUUAGACGUUAUCAAUCAAACCUGGAGCCCCAUGUUUGAUCUUGUAAAUGUUUUUGAAGUGUUUCUUCCCCAACUCCUUCUGUAUCCCAACCCAUCAGAUCCCCUGAAUGGAGAGGCUGCAGCUCUCAUGAUGCGUGAUCGUACUACUUAUGAUCAAAGGGUGAAAGAGUAUUGCGAGAAGUACGCGAAGAAAGAAGAUGCUGGGGCUCCACCUGAAGAAAAAUCCAGUGAUGAAGAGGUGAGUGAAGCAGAAUAUGCCUCCACUGAUGAUGAAGUUGCUGGCAAAGCAGAUCCUUAAGGGAUUUGGCACAUCAUGGACAAAUAUUAUAACUCUUCAAUAUCUGUACAUGAUGUCAAACUUCUCUUGUGAUAAACCUAUCUUGCCCAUGGUUUACUUGAAGAAAAUAGUUCUGUUUCUUCUUCUGUCAAUUUUAAUUGUACUGUUAUUGUGAUUACAUUGUGUCCUGAUUCCUUAAAUGUCAUCUGGAUCUUUAAACUUAA